AUGUUUAACAGAGGCACAGAGCUGGACGUUCCGUUUCAUUCAUACGGGGAACACUUCAUCACCCAGGUGAAGGAGAACGGGUCUGAGAAUCACCCGCACCAAGCCCACGCUGCUGCUGCGGCCGGCGCACGUGCUGCUACCCAGGCCGAGAAGGGCAAAGUCCCUGCCGCCACCGCCGCCGCUGCUGCUGACCCUGCGGCCCGCCAGAAGAUUACCACCGGGAACAUCAUGCGGAUGGAGCAGGCGCUGGGCGAGCCCCGGCUGGCAAGGCGGAGAAGGAAGAAGAGAAGGAGGAGAAGGAGGUGGAGGAGUAGGAGGGGGAGUAGGAGGGGGAGGUGA